AUGUCGCAGUUGAAAUUGGACUUGAAAUCUAAUACUUCCCUGAUAACCAGCCUGUUUAGCUGGGGAGACCAAGUUGAGUCAGUGUCAAGGCAGGUGUCUUCUGGGGAUGUAGAAGAGAGCUCCCAAGUGCCCAAGGUCAAAGAAGCAUCCAGUUCCCGGCUAGCAUCCGCCACUGUUAGCCAGACUUCUUUCAUCUACCACAAGAUUCAGCACUUCACUGAGCUCCACUUAGCCAAAGUGGAGAAGGUGUUUGAGGAGGAUGUCGGCUUAAAUGGAGCCCUGGACUUGAAAACUUUCAUUAAGUCCAUGAAGAAGGUGCUAAGCAAUGUUACAGAUGAGAUGCUGGAGGCGCUGUUCUUGAAAGUGGACUCAGACUGUGAUGGCAGUGUCUCCUGGCAAAAGUAUGUAGAUUUCAUGAUGCGGGAGUUAAGGGUAAAGGAAGAGACCAGGAAGAACCAGUACCGCCUGCACUUCUACUUUCCCAUGAGGAUCAUCCACCUGAAUCACGGAUGUGAGAUCGUGAAAGUGGAAUAUUUAAUCCAGCGCUUCAAGAAAAGUGGGGUUUUUCUGACUAUCACCAAAGAUGGAGUCUUGCAGUUCUGGACUGAGGCUUUCUCUAUCAUUAGCUCCUUUAGGCUUAAGGAUCUCCAGAAGCUCCACAAACAGCAGAUAUGGGUCAUCGAUAUGGUGUGCCUGCACAACAUGAACCUCAUCGCAGUUGCAUCCACUGAUCUGAAAAUUGAGUUCUUUGAUAUCAGUAACCAUAACUGUGUCCGGGCCUUCACCUUCUUUGACCUGGAUAGCUGUGUUCUGGUUAUGGAUUACUGGUCUGACUAUCAAAGAGGUGUGUUCUGCUACGGGGACACCAAGGGCAACGUCAUCAUCUUCACCUCUGAUGAUGUGACCAGUGGGUUGUUCAACCCCAGCUUCUUCCCCAAGACCACCAGAUUUGAAAAUUGGAACAACAUUUCCCUGAGGAAACUCUUAAAAGAGAAGUCCACUCUGUAUAAAAGUUACCGACUAAGGGCUGUCCAUACCAACUGGUGUGAGCAGGUCAAGUUCAUUCCCCGCCUGAACGUGGUGGCCUCCUGUUCAGCCACCGAGAAGUCCUCUCUGGUGAUGAUAAUAUUGCCACCCUCUGACUCGGAGAGGCCCAAGUUGUCAGUGCUGAAUUUAAGAAAAGGAAUUCUUUGCUUUGAUUACUGCCCAGACAAGAACUUCCUAGUGACUGGUGGCUAUGACCCCCAUAUCCGCCUGUGGAACCCCUUGAUCUCCAAAAAGCCUGUGUGGCUGAUGAAGGGACAUCAGACAUCAGUGACUCACAUCAUCAUGAAGAGUGAGAAUAGCAUCUUCAUCAGCAUCUCCAGGGACAAGAACAUCCGUGUGUGGGACCUACAGGACUACGACUGCCUCCAGUCCUUCGGUGGGAAGACGUUUGCCCUGGGAAACUGUGCCAUCACCAGUGCCUACUUACACAAAGACAACACCUUAGUCUGCAGCACUUACUCUAUUGGGAUCCUUAAAGGGUAUUUAGAGACCCAGGAGCCAACAAAAGCAGGGCUGAAGACAACACACAGCACUGCCCUGUGUGCUGUCCUCUACAGCAAGAUCGUGAAGCAGGUGGUGAGCGGCUGCCUGCACGGUGAAGUGAGCGUGUGGGAUGUCAAGACGGGCAAGAAGAAGAUGGAGUUCUCUGUGACCAGUACUCAGCCCAUGGAGCUGACGGCCAUGGCCCUGGACGAGUCAGGGCGAUGUCUGCUCACGGGUCUUCGAGAUGGCACCAUGAUGAUGUGGAACCACAGCACUGGCGAAUGCCUGCUAACCUUUCCCAACCCAGACCAAAUGGAGAUUACCGGAAUUGUCCAUAUGAGCAAAGGAUUCUACAUGUCAGGGUGGAAUAAGAGAAUCACCAGUUUCACGUUCCACAAGACCAAAUCAUUGCUCAUGUGCUACCAGUGGCAGACCUACCACAGCGAGGACAUCCUGAGCAUGGCCAAGUACCAGAACCAGUUCCUUGGGACCUCCUCCUACAACGGGGAUAUCCUUUUCUGGAACAUCAAUAUAGCGGAGCCUAUCUUGAGUUUCAAUGCCUCCAAGAGCCCGUGGCCCUUGCAGCCCAAGAAGGUGCAGGAACCUCUGGCUGAGGGCUUGGAGUCCAACGGAGACUUGAAGGAACAGAAGUGGGCGUAUAGGCCCUUCUUGCAGGCCUCUGAAGCCAACUUCAAGACGCUGAGCAAUGCCAUCUUGAGGCAGAGCCUGACGUCGGCUCCCCCCGCGAUGAGGCGAGAUGAGCACAGGUCUGUGCUCCAGAUACCUAUGAGUACCUCCAGAAUCCAGCUGACAAAGAAGUCCCAUAGCAGAUACAUACCUUACACAGAGACUGAAAGGAAAAAAGGGGAAUUCAAGACAAAGUUGAUGAUGCAGUCCAGCACAUCAGUGGAGAAGAUAAUCUUCCUGCAGACCAGAUCUCGCCUGCCUCACACAGCUGCCCUGCUGAGCAGCUGCGUCAAUGGCUACAUCUAUGCCUGGUCCAUCCAUGGGAGUGGAGGCCUGAUGGGGAAGUUCCCCGUGGACUCAGAUAAUAGUGGGAGUGUCAUUGUGAGCACCAUGGCCACUGACGAGGAUGACUGCAUCCUCAUCACAGGGGACUGUAAAGGAAAAAUCCGGAUCUGGGAUAUCAAGGAUUACUGCAUAUUUGUUGGGCAUCCCUCAACUCCACACAGUGUCAAAUACUCCAAUGAAAUACAGAACAAGUUCCGGGACUUAAUGCUUAGCCCCCAGAUCAGCACCCCGUACUACGUUCCCCUCAAGGAGAAGGAGGUUGUGGAGGGCCAGAGCAUUUCCCUGGUUCCCCCUAAGCUCCUGAUUACAUGGAAGGGCCAUUCGGACAACGUGACAGAUGUCAUGUAUGUAGACAGCUUCCAGCUGGUGAUCAGUGCUGGCCAGGACUGCAACGUCAAGGCUUGGAAACUCUCUGGUGAUGCCGUCGGGACAUUUGGCCUGAAUGUUUGGAAGAGACUACAGGAUGCCGCAGUGGACAGUGGUUACAAACAAGCUGAAAACUCAGAGGAGGAAGACAUCAUAGACAGCGUUUCUAAGGCCCCCCAGCUGGAUCUGCAGAAAGCCUCUUGUAGAAGGGAUCUAUAUGAGGCCCUGGCAUAUCAACGGCGGGAGCAGGCGGUACUGAUGGACCUUCUGAACCAGAGGCCUGAAAAGGAGGCUGAGGCAUGGGCCAAGCUGCAGAAGAUGGCUGUGACAUCACCGUGGCCUAGAGAGCACUCCCCGCAAGACAUCGAGGAGAGCUGGAACAAGUGGGAGUCUCAUGGCAAGCAGCUGAGUGAAGUCUUGGGAGCAUUCUACAAGCCCAAGGAGCACUCUCGGACCAGUAGAUUCCUGACCACCAGUGUGAAUUACAGCUUCAUGAAGCAGCAGAUCUCACCUCCGAUCUACCACAGCCUAUACUUCAACGAGCUGGAGCCCACCCAGCAGCUUCCUAACGUUAACUUACUAACGUUCAAGAUCCCAGAGCUGCAGGUCCAGCGUAUCGUCCACUGGGAGGAUGAGUCUACCCCGGCAGCCGCCGCCAGUCCUUCCCUCUCCUCUGUGCCCCCUGCCGCCUCGGCAUCAGAGCUGUUGGACUCCAUGUUUGCCUCACUGAAGCCUCAGGCUUCUAUCUCCUCUCUGUAGCCCCAUUCAGCUACCACAGCCCACUCCUGCCUCUCACUCCCAUCUGAGUGCUCUGAGUCCAUUCAGUAG